GUUGAAAGCAAGUGUCCAAGAAUUUACCAACUGACAAAAAAUGGAAACAGUUACCGCCAAUUUCGCUUUUUCAUUUUCUCUUCCAAAUUUCCAUUUUCUUCUUCUAUUUUCCAUUUUCUUUCCUCAAUUUCUCCGACCUCGUAUGGCUGCCGCCCCUUUAUCUUCUCAUAAUAUAGGUAAUAUACAGUACACAAUCUGACCUCUUUCUGCUUUACUAAUUUUUUUUCUCUAUGGUGUAAUUGGCUUUGUAAUGAAAGAAGCUAUUUUUUUUCCUUUACAGCUUGUUUCGAUAGUUGUUACCUGUUGUAUUGUAUUGUGAUGUUAGUUUAAAUAUAAUGUUUGUUUUGAUUGUUACUUAAAUUCUAUGGCAUCAUAUCAUUAGAUCCAUCGUUACUUAAUGACAACGGGAAACGUUACAAUCUAUCCGAACGUUGUAUUCGUCAAUAUGAGAUAAUAUUGAUAUAGACAAUAUUGAUACAUUAUGAAACAAUACGUAAUAACCAUCCAACAAUUUUAAUGUGCAAGAGAUUCAUUUUCUGAAUUCAUACUUAUUUGGAUACAUUUCUCUUUAUUUUAUGUUGGGGAUGAUUAUGUAUAUUGUUAAUGUUAGCUGUGAGCUUUGUUACAUUGAAAAAAUUAAGGUUAGAGAUUGCUCUUUUACUGUAUCAGCAAUGGGAAUCUUUUAAUAAAAGUAGCUGUUAGAGUGAAAAGAUAAGAUUUUUCAUUCACCACACUCAAGACAUUCUCUGGUGGAUUCCUUGUCUGUUAAAAUAAAAUGGAUGGUGUAGAGUAGGUUUUUGACAAUUAUUGAUCCUAUUUAUCUUUCUCCCGCAUUUGGUAUGUGCCCACAAGCCACCUUUUUUCUUGAGAAGGAUUGUUUUUAUUUUUUUGACACAUUGGUUGGAAUGGUGGAAGGAAAAUGAUAAAUUUAUUUUCAUGUUUUGUUGAGAAACUGCGGGUAUGGCUCUGUAUUGGGAGUUCAACGAAAAUCGGGUUUUACAAACCUCUGCACAGACAAACUUCGAGAGGUGCCUUUUGAAAGAGUCCGAUGAGAGUAAAGUAGUUAACCAAACACAAGUAACACGUUCAGUUUGGGAUACGGACAGUUCAGUCGGAGGGUGCUCACCCAUCCACACUUGGAUGUACGACGUUUACUCUGUCUAUGAGUAUUGAUUUUUUUCAUCCUAUUUUUUUGACAGAUCUCCCACUUUGAGAUGAAGAACAUGUUGGAGGUAUGGGAUGGCUGUUUUAGGCUGCCAAAUGGAAUGAAAUUAGAUGCCUUUCAAUGUACCUAUCAUUUCAUUACCAAGGUUGGAUUUCUGUAGUAUAGGAAGGAAUACUAAUUUAAUUUGUCAAAUGAGAUGAGGAAAUUCUUGCGGCGAAUAAUUGUUGUUCUGUUGUUCAGAGUUAGCUGGAAGAAACUCUUUGUUAUAGGCACUAUAUUAACAGUGUUUAGGGUUGUAAUCCAAAUUUCUAGCCUCCCUAAUCCUUUAACUGAAUGGAUUAUCUCUCCACCCUUGGAUGUUUCAUCUUACCAACGCCUAAAUCAUGGAAAGAAUUCGAGGGAACUUUCAGUGACAUCAGAUAACCAGUUGAAAAUGAGUGAGCAUUUGCCCACAGUUGUUGCACUCAACUCUACAGCCAGAACGAACAGGUCAAUGCGAGUUAUGGAAAGACGAGAAAGACUUCUGAGGCGUAAGAGACGUAGGAAGCAUGCACGGCUAGUAGAAAAGAUUAUUUAUCCGCCUCCACCUGCUGUGCCUGAUCACUUGCAGAGAUUUAUAGCAUCUUUGGAACCAAAUGAGGCACUUGCAUAUGCUAAAAGUGAGAUUGAGAAAGCUCCUUUAGUCACCGAUGAUCCAGACUUGUAUGCUCCUCUAUUUAGGAAUAUUUCCAUCUUUAAGAGGAGUUACGAGUUGAUGGAACUUCUACUCAAAGUUUACAUUUACAAAGAAGGAGAACGACCUAUUUUCCACGAACCUCAUCUUAUGGGAAUUUAUUCAUCCGAAGGAUGGUUCAUGAAAUUGAUGGAGGACAACCGUUACUUUGUCACUGGGGACCCCGAAAAGGCUCACCUAUUCUAUCUGCCAUAUAGUUCACGUCAGUUGCAGAUGGCAGUUUAUGUGCCUAAGUCACAUAAUCUUAGGCCGUUGUCAAUAUUCCUGCGGGACUAUGUCAACAUGCUAGCUGCGAAGUAUCCCUUCUGGAACCGCACUCAUGGAACAGAUCACUUUCUAGUUGCUUGCCAUGAUUGGGGGCCUUACAUUUUAAAGGAUCAUGAGGAGCUAAUUAGAAACACUAUAAAAGCUCUCUGCAAUGCAGAUAUAUCUGAAGGAAUAUUUAAAGCAGGGAAGGAUGUUUCCCUUCCAGAGACCGCCAUAAGGAAUGUCGGUAAGCCUCUUUAUAAUGUUGGUGGAAAAAGAGUGUCACAACGCCCGAUCCUCGCCUUUUUUGCUGGAAAUAUGCACGGGCCAGUCCGUCCCAAACUUCUCAAGUACUGGAGUGACAGGGAUGAAGACAUGAGGAUUUACGGGCCUCUACCUAAUAGAGUCUCAAGAAAAAUGUCUUAUCCUGAACACAUGAAAUCAAGCAAGUAUUGCCUUUGUCCAAUGGGCUUUGAAGUUAACAGCCCGAGGAUCGUCGAGGCAAUAUACUACGAAUGUGUGCCGGUGAUCAUUGCUGAUAAUCUUGCCCUCCCAUUUGACGAAGUGCUCGAUUGGAGUGCUUUUUCUUUAAUUGUUGCUGAGAAAGAUAUUCCUAAGCUGAAGGAGAUUUUAUUAAGUAUACCUCUAAGACGUUAUCAGGUCAUGCAAAAUAAUGUCAAGAGGCUGCAGAAGCAUUUCCAUUGGAACUCAAUACCGACUAGAUAUGAUCUUUUCCAUAUGAUUUUGCAUUCCAUUUGGUCUAGCAGGCUCAACCAGUUUCAAGAAUCACAGAUAUCAUAAUCCCUUUUGAUAUGAGUGCUUUCAACUGGCCCAGCUACUCGGGUGAACAGCAACAUGAACCAUAUUUAAGGGUCUCUUUUUUACGGUUAUAGGCCGAAAUUUUAAGAACUGCUGGUGACUAAUUGUCUUCACUUGGGCACUCUUGAAAUGAUAUGAGGUACUUACUGAUAGAUUUUGCCACUUCACUAGAAAGAAUACAAACGAACAUAGCGUUAUUGAUAAACCCAAUUUCUUUUUGAUGGCAUAGGUUUCAUCGAUUGGUUAUUCUCCCCAUUCGUGGCUUUUCCGAUUUCGAUCUCUGCUGCGACUCAGGCAUUACUCAAUAGAGAUGCAAGGCUGACAGGUCCCAAACCAAAUGCACAUGCACACUACAGCAGAAGGGGAAAAGAUAUUUGGAAGUUUAAGACUCUUUCAGGUCUUCAGCAUUUCACAGCUUUUCCCUAUCUUCACAAGUUCUUUCCACUCUCAGUUCAAUUUUCGCGCAGUAUAAACCAGAAGAUGCUCUCAGAAAUGAGUUAUCGUAUGCUGAAUAUGUUCUCAUAUAUGAAGUGGAAGUUCAACAGUUGAUCUUUUGUGUCUAUCACAGUAAUACUGUAGAGAAUAGUCAUCUUGUUGGUAGUUGUAUUAAACACAAUGUCAAAUAUUCAUGUAUACGAGGGAGAGAAUUUCCCAUCUACUUUUCUGAUGUGUAUAUAUGUACAGUGUAUGAAUUAUCAGUAAUUACAAGGACACAUGUGAUUAUUACCACGUUUCUGCCCUAUGUUUAUUGUGUGAGGUGUGCUUCACCUUCCGGGACGCGAUUUCCUUUU